GGGCCUCUCGGCAGGCGACUUAACCAGGCAACUUCCUGCCCCCCAAUAGCCGAAGUCUAAAUUUAGACAUUAGAUUUGACUAACCUAUGGGGUCCUCCUAAGCCAAGUAAACUCCAAGAAGAAGCAGCCACUUUGGAGAGCGAGAGGGAGCCGUGGUUGGCGGGAGGUGAGGGGGCGCCCCAUCGCUCCCGGGCCCGGCGGGGAGCGGGCCAACUAGAGGGCGAGCUGGGCACCAACCGGGGCGGGGAGGACGCGGGGGGGACUCGCGCGCUCCCCGGCCCCUGCGCCCCUGUCCUCGGUCCCGGCCCCUGUCCCUUCUCCGCGGUCCGGGCCUAUCCCCUCCUUCCUUUCCGGCGCAGCCCCUUCGCGGCGGGCAGGAAUCGGGGUCAGGGUUUCGUGCACUGUCCCAAGGACGACUCGCCCAGGCCCUGGAAGGGGGAGGGCAGCUGGUGUCCCGACUGGCCCGGCGACGCCUUCGGAGCGGCGGUGUAAGAAGACGACGUUCCCAUUGGUUAAAGCAAAAACCCGCGCGCGGCGAGGGCGCGCAGAGGCACCUCCCGUCCUGCAGGCGGCGCUGCGGCCCCGCGCGGCGGAGAGAGGAGCUGCUCGGCCGAGGCCAGACUAGCGCAUGCGCUAUGCCUCCGCCGGCGCCGGCGUCCGCCUGCAUCAUGGCGUCCACCUACAUCAUGGCGUCCACCUGCAUCAUGGCGUCAGCCGCGGCCGCGAUGCCCAGUUUUCUCCGUGCGGGUGCUUGUCCCAAGUCGUUCUGGCUGGGUUUCCUCAAGAAGGCGACCCCAGGGGCGUCCCGGCCCAUCAGCAGGACGUUUGGAAGCGCCCCGGCCCCGGCUGUCAGGGAACCUGAAGACACCAGCGCAAGUCCCAGGACUCCACCUGCUUUGGUGACGACUCAUACCUGUCCUGAUGCUCCUUCCACCCAUUCCUGAGCUGUCAACUCGGCUCCUUCCUCAGCCUCCUCCCUGAAGCUCAGUAUCCUCUCAUCCCUGAAUGGAACUAAGGACAGUGCUUCCCUCCUGGGAUAGGUGAGAGAGAGUUGCUUAACACAUGGCUGGACUCCUUAAGGAGUCUACUGAGGCAUAGAGCUGAGAGCCAGGAUGCCUGAGCCCUCCCCAGUUUCCCAUUGCCCCAGUGGGCCUGAGGAACCUGGGAGCCUCAGGCUCCAGGACAGGUCGUGUGUCCGUGCUCUUUGCCAGGACUUCCACUGGUCUCGAGUCCCAGCUGAGGAAUUUCUGGCGAUGCACCUGAAACUGCAGCCCAAAGCAGCCAG